AUGGAAGGUGAAUCCUCCCUGAAGCAGUCAGGGAACACCGACCAAAGGCCGGUACAAGUAUGCAAUAAUUGUGGAAUACCAGAGCGGACAAAGAGCUGCCCUGAGCACCAGUUAGUAGGAGACAGAAACCCAAGGCACAGGAUCGCCAGGGAAGUCGACUACAAAACAGAAGGUGAAGUUGGAGAUGACUCCGACAAAGAAGAACCGGAGAAUAUCUCUGGUGAUUUCGAAGUGGAGGACACCUCCAAUGACUUCAAACCAGAGGACCCAAACAAGGGACCUCACUACUUGCCCAGAAGAAAGGGUGAGGACAUCAGUGUUGGGACCACAAUAAUGGCCCCAAGAUCCGAUGUCAUUGAAAACAAUGACGAAAAAAAUACACUGAAACUGGUGAUAAGCCAGACCAAAAAAAGAACUACCAACUCUUUGGUGACAACACCAAAGAGGGAUUCCCUUGAGGAAAGUCCCUCAGAAGACAACACCCCCGAAAAAAAAAACCUCGGAGGGAGACCCACUGAAGGAGGACCCUUUGGAAGAAACCACCCCGGAGUCUCCAGAAGAAGACAAGCUCUGGGUGGAGUUUAUACUCGGCUGGCUAGCGGCCACAAUCCGCCCCCUCCCCAGUAG